CAAACAUUCUACGAUAGUCUUCUAACUUCUAGGACAGGUUCACGACGGAAAACCCCGUCAUAAAUGUUCUUUUACAAUAGGAUAUUUCAUCGUUAAUGGGCUCUUUUCUUAAGUAAAAAUCAACGAGUACUUUUCUACCAUGCAAUCAAUAGAGGAGUCUUAAACUCUUAGCCGUCCUAGAGUCCUAAGUACCUUAUAAACUUAUAAAUAAGAUAGUUCAAGCACGUAAUAAUUAACAAGUUACAACCCAAAGUUGUACAACUCUUACUCUUUCAAAGUUCAAAAAUAUGGCAGCCUUAACAGUUUUGAUUAUUCUAGGGGUGUUAGCCACAAUUUACCACUCACAAGCACAAAUGUUGCCAAAAAUCUUAGAAAGAAGUAGUUCUCAUCAUACUUAUUCCAUUUCUGAAGAUGUUACUAUUUUUGAAAAUGGAAAAUUUGAGGUAACUAAACCUAUUAAGGUUGGAAAAUCGGAGUUUUAUGCUCCGGAGCCUUUGCUAGUUGUUUCACCUCAAGAACCGGGGUCGUAUCCUGUACUCUUGUUUAUCCAUGGAACUCUUAUUUCUAAUGAAGAUUAUUCUGAUCUCUUUCAACAUUUUGCUUCUCAUGGCUUCAUUGUGGUUGCUCCAAAGCUCUUCUCAAUAAUCUACUUCCCUAGUCAAGAAGAUGAGAUAGAAAUGGCAGCUUCAAUAGCAAACUGGCUACCAACAAAUCUACAAGACGUGUUACAAACACGUGUCAACGAAGGAGUGGAAGGCGAUCUAUACAAACUAGCAAUAUCCGGUCAUAGUAGAGGAGGAAAAUCAGCAUUUGCUCUUGCACUGGGUUUCUCCCAAACAAAAUUAUCACUCAAAAUUUCAGCACUUAUUGGCAUAGACCCGGUUGCCGGGUCUAGCAAAAAUGACCGUACACAACCAUACGUUCUAACGUACAUGUCCAACUCGUUUAAUUUAUCGAUUCCUGUCACAAUAAUUGGCACUGGAUAUGGUAACCAAUCCAACUUCUUCCUACAACCUUGCGCCCCAAAUUUGGUGAGCCAUCAACAAUUUUUCGACGAGUGCAAGGAAGGUUCACAUUUUGUGAUCACGGACUAUGGUCAUAUGCAAAUGUUGAAUGAUUUCGUGUAUGAUCCGGUUGCGAGUGCUGUGUCACUUGUGUGUAAAUCCGGGAGUGGUCUUAAAAGUACGAUGAGAAGAACACUAGGUGGGAUUAUGGUGGCUUUCCUUGACGCGUAUUUUGGAGAUGAAGAAGGAGAGUAUUUAGCCAUCUUGGCUAAUCCUUCUUUGGCUCCUACUAAUCUUUACGUCCAAAAUAAGGGUAACUUUAGGUUUCCAGGAAAUUAUGAGCAAGUUUAAUGGGAUAUGGUCAUAUCUCAUAUGGUAUGUGUUGCGUGUUGCGUGUUGCGUGUUGCUGUCUUUUGCCUUAUUGUAACAAAGUAAUUAGUAGUAUUGAUGUAAUUAUUUUGUCAAUUAUGCAACAAUAAUGUUAAAAAUUGUCUUUCUAAUGAUUA